CUGGGCAUGGUGGUGGGAAUCCGUAAUCCCAGCUACUCAUGAGGCUGAGGCCGGAAGAUCACUUGAACCCAGGAGGGAGAGGUUGUGGUGAGCCAAGAUUGCACUACUGCACUCCAGCCUGGGCAACAAGAGCAAAACUCUGACACAAAAAUAAUAAAAGACGGCUAGGUGCUUCGGGAACCAUGGCUUAGGUGCAGACAUGGCCAAGUCCAAGAACCACACCACACACAACCAGUCUCGAAAAUGGCAUAGAAAUGGCAUCAAGAAACCCCGAUCACAAAGAUACGAAUCUCUUAAGGGGGUGGACCCCAAGUUCCUGAGGAACAUGCACUUUGCCAAAAAGCACAACAAGAAGGGCCUAAAGAAGACACAGGCCAACAAUGCCAAGGCGAUGAGUGCACGUGCCGAGGCCAUCAAGGCCCUUGUAAAGCCCAAGGAGGUUAAGCCCAAGAUGCCAAAGGGUGUCAGCCACAAGCUCCAUCGACUUGCCUGCAUUGCCCACCCUAAGCUUGGGAAGGGGCUCAGGCUCUGCCGGCCAAAGGUCAAGGCCAAGGCCAAGGAUCAAACCAAGGCCCAGGCUGCAGCUCCAGCUUCAGUUCCAGCUCAGGCUCCCAAAGGUGCCCAGGCCCCUACAAAGGCUUCAGAGUAGACAUCUCUGUCUGCCAACGUGAGGACAGAAGGACUGGUGGGACCCCCCAGGACUGCCAUCUGCAUGGGGCUGGGGUCCUCCUAUGCUAUUUGUACAAAUAAACCUGAGGCAGGAAAAA